UCCGCUCAAGAUUCCGGUAGGCGGACUCCUCCCCCCUUUGCACGGUGCUGAUUGGCCCUAGCCACCCCGUUGUCGGUAGGCCACGCGGAAGCCUCAGCGACCCGCCAUUGGCCGCGCGGUCCGAACACGGAGCCGUGCGCAGAUCAGCAGGGAGGGCGCGUGGGGUCGUGUGCAAACCGCGUGUGGCGCAGCCAGCAGGGACUCAACGGCAGCAGGAGCGGCGCGUAAGAGGCCAGUCAAGUCUCGCGCGCGUCCGCGUGUUUGCGUUACGUAGGUAGAGAGAAGGAAGAGAGGAAAGUCUGUCGUUCGUUCGGACGUCCCGGCCUCAGCGGUACCGAGAGAGGAAACCUAACUGGUAAUGAGCAGCAACGAGUGCUUCAAGUGUGGCCGUACUGGCCAUUGGGCUCGGGAGUGCCCAACUGGAAUUGGCCGUGGCCGUGGAAUGCGAAGCCGUGGCAGAGGCUUCCAGUUUAUGUCCUCAUCACUUCCAGACAUCUGUUACCGCUGUGGUGAGUCUGGCCAUCUUGCCAAGGAUUGUGAUCUUCAGGAGGAUGCCUGCUAUAAUUGCGGUAGAGGUGGCCAUAUUGCGAAGGACUGUAAGGAACCCAAGAGAGAGCGAGAGCAGUGCUGCUACAACUGUGGCAAACCUGGCCACUUGGCUCGUGACUGUGACCAUGCCGAUGAGCAGAAGUGCUAUUCUUGUGGGGAAUUUGGACACAUUCAGAAGGACUGCACCAAAGUGAAAUGCUAUAGGUGUGGUGAAACUGGCCACGUAGCCAUCAACUGCAGCAAGACUAGUGAAGUCAACUGCUAUCGUUGUGGCGAGUCAGGACACCUUGCACGGGAAUGCACAAUUGAGGCUACAGCUUAACUGUUUUCCUUUGUCGCCCCUCCUUUUUCUGAUUGAUGGUUGUAUUAUUUUUCUCUGAAUCCUCUUCACUGGCCAAAGGUUGGCAGAUAGAGGCUACUCCCAGGCCAGUGAGCUUUACUUGCUGUGUAAAAGGAGGAAAGGGGUGGAAAAAUCGACUUUCUGCAUUUAACUACAAAAAAAUGUUUAUGUUUAGUUUGGUAGAGGUGUUAUGUAUAAUGCUUUGUUAAAGAACCCCCUUUCCAUGCCACUGGUGAAUAGGGAUGGAUGAGUGGAAAGAGUUGAGUCAGACCAGCAAAGCCUCCCUGGGUUCCAUGGAAGUGAUCGUAUGCAGGAGGAAAACUGGAAGUGUCUGAACUUCCACAGUAAAUACUUUAUUACAAUAAUGGCCUUGGAUUGUCUGACCUCAGUAGCAGUAUAAUGACAUCGAAUAAUAUCUGUAUGGGGCCUUAACUAGAGCAUAUAGCUAAGUGGGAUAAACAAAACAAUGCACAUGCCUGUUACUGGCCAUGAGAGAGAGGGAGAAAUCGGGAACUGAAGUAACAGUAAUACAAUAAGUGAGUGUCUAAUAUGAGAUAACAAGGUAAUGGGAAACGUUGAAUAAAUACUUCAAACUAAAUAAACCCAGAACAUCAGUGCUUAGAGCAUACACAAUUUGGAGCUAUUCAGGACUUGAAAAGAAAUGCAUUUUCACAGAAAUCAAGAUGUUAUUUUUGUAUACUAUAUCACUUAGACAACUGUUGAGUUUCAUUUGCUUGUAAUCAGUUUUUAAAGUCAGAUGGUAAAAGCAAUUGAAGUCCUAGAAUAUAGAAAUGUAAUUUUAAACUAUCAAUAAAGCUGGAGGAGGAAGGGGAGUUUGGCUGAAGUUUUUUGUUUGUUUGGGGCUUAUUUUUCAGAUGCCAAGUGCAAAAUACCAUAUAGGAAAAGGUAGUAGAUGUGGAAAAAUAAAAGCUGAGCAUUGGGAUUCUAUUGUACCACAAAUGUAUUAUACAAAUUUCCUGUAUCAUUUAAACUGUAGAACUGUCAAAUACAUCACUUCAGCAGCA